UCUCAUUUUCAUUAAGGUCUUUCUCUCUCUUUAUUCGAUGAUUUGCUUUCAGUUGGUUUCUCGUAGAGUUGAUAACGUCUGUAUUUAGGAGCGAUCUGUUCAUCCAACUCGAAAUAUCGUAAGAGAAGAAAAAGUGACUUUUCUUCAUACGCCCAAAAGUCCCAUGCUUUCCGUUGGUCAACAACCAACCAAAGCUCUAUCUAAUUCUUCACUACUCGUACAGGAAGGACUCUCUUUCUUUCUGUAGGGAAUCAUUUUCUCUCAAUCCAUCAAUAUGUUUGAAAAAUUUCCACGCCUCUUUUUAUUUGAUGAAAAUAGUCUGAAUUCCAGUGCUACAUCUUCUAGAACUCCGAGUCAAUCCACGACGACUAUUACCGAUUCUAGUCUUCAAUCGUCCGAUACUCAAGGUUCUUAUGAUGGUAUUUUUGAGGAUCAUCCAGGUCUUAACCCUUCCAGUGAACGUAUAGUAGAGCUUCAAUCUGAUAUACGCGAGAAAUUGGAGGAGCUUCUGAUUAACAAGAGUCCCGACGAAGCUAUGGUUGCGGCCGAAGCUUUACAUGGGGAAAGCGACAAUAUCCCUUUUAUGGAGUUCAUUUUGAAUGAUUUGAACACAAACGGAGUAGAAAGUGAGUCCUAUAAAGAUGCGCUGGCAGCACUAGUGAAGAUGGUCCCCAGCCCACUUGAACAAUUUGAAAUCAUCCCAUUUUUUCCUAUGAAGAUAGGAGACUUGUAUUUCUCAUUCACAAAUCCAUCUUUGUUUAUGCUGCUAACUCUCAGUUUGGUCCUACUUCUGCUUUAUUUUGUUACUAAAAAGGGAGGAGGAAACUCAGUACCAAAUGCUUGGCAAUCCUUGGUAGAGCUUAUUUAUGAUUUCGUGCUAAACCUGGUAAACGAACAAAUAAGUGGUCUUUCCGGAAAUGUGAAACAAAAGUUUUUCCCUUGCAUCUUGGUCACUUUUACUUUUUCGUUAUUUCGUAAUCCCCAGGGUAUGAUACCUUAUAGCUUCACAGUUACAAGUCAUUUUCUCAUUACUUUGGGUCUCUCAUUUUCUAUUUUUAUAGGCAUUACUAUAGUGGGAUUUCAAAGAAAUGGGCUUCAUUUUUUAAGCUUCUUAUUACCCGCAGGAGUCCCACUGCCGUUAGCACCUUUUUUAGUACUCCUUGAGCUAAUCCCUCAUUGUUUUCGCGCAUUAAGCUCAGGAAUACGUUUAUUUGCUAAUAUGAUGGCCGGUCAUAGUCCAGUAAAGAUUUUAAGUGGGUCCGCUUGGACUAUGCUAUGUAUGAAUGAUCUUUUCUAUUUCAUAGGGGAUCUUGGUCCUUUAUUUAUAGUUCUUGCAUUAACCGGUCCGGAAUUAGGUGUAGCUAUAUCACAAGCUCAUGUUUCUACGAUCUCAAUCUGUAUUUACUUGAAUGAUGCUAUAAAUCUCCAUCAAAGUGAUUCUUUUUUAUAAUUGAACAAAAGCGAGGAGCAAAGCCACUUUACCGAGUUUACGAGGUGAAGGAGUGAUAACAACUUCGCUCGGAUCGAAAAAAAAAAAAGAUUCCGAGCACGUCUGGUCAAAGUCUAUCUGUCUUUACCACGAGUCAUUUUCCUUGGCUAACAAUAAAUUUGAGUUUUUCCCGUAUCCGCGGGUUCUUCAAUUUGCUUCCUCCCUCAUAUAGGAAAUAAGGUUGGUGGUAUACUAUAUUUAUCCCCUUAUUGGAAUUCCUUUUAAUGACAUAUGCAUUCUGUUAUCAUUUCCAGUUGGACGGACGAUCCAUUAAUCCAAUUUGAGGAAGAAACGAACUCUUUCCAUUUACCAUCCUUUUUUUGGGGUUCCAAACCUUGACUUCUUUAGGGGCUUGGAGUAGAUGAAGCCUUCCUUCUUUCUUCUCGGUCCGCUUUGGCUCCUGAUCUUGAGCUCGCAGUUAUUGGCCUAAGGCUUCUUCUUCGAGUCCUUGCUUUUGAGAGACGAAACUUUAGGCCCUUGCUCUUGGCCUUCCAUCAUGGUCCGCAUAACCAGCCCAUCUUUCUCCAGAGAAGCAACCGCUCGAAAUCUCUCCCUUCAGUUGUGUAACAAGGCGAUCCACACGAUAACGAGUCCGCUCCCGUCGAGCCUCUUCGACGGCACUAGCCUACGGGUUCUUCCCCCUAGCCAUGGCUUGGCCUAGCCUUUGGCUCUGAUACCACUUGUCACGGCGCUAAGUCCUUCAAGCCCACAAAGCGCGGCACCCUGCUAACGGUCCGCUGUAGCAGAGUAAGCUGAAAAAGCCCUUUCUAUGUUCUUAGUCAAGCCUAAACUGCAAUCAAAGGUUAGCGCUAACGAGCAAGAAAAGGCCCCUUAGCCUAUCUAUCUAAGGGGCCUUUAAUAAUAUUAUAUAAUAAGAGUUGGCCCUUCUUUCUCAAAGUAAAGAAAGCUUUCGAGCUGUAGCUUUACAACGAUAGGGCCCUCAUUAUUAGGUUGAUAGAUUGCUUGUUUGUUUUAUAUCAUAUCAAUAAAGGCUUUCCUUGAGUUUUCAAGUUGGGGCGCUAACGCCCUAUCUAUAGUCAGGGGCCUUUUCUUGCAGGAUGCCGGGUGCGCAGGGUCGCCCAACCUAUACAAGGGCUUUCCGACUUCAUUUGGUCGUGCUGCUAUGAUGUAACGUGCAGUCGUCCCGAGGCAGCAGGAUGUAUGGUAUAGGGCCCCUUUUUUCUCUCCCUUAAAGUCCUUUAUGUAUUUCGAGUCGGGAAUAGAGCAGUGGCUUAUUCGGCGCUAUAUCACAAUUCAUUCAUUCUCGGGCAUAGCUGUUCACGAAACGUGGCAUGGGACAUCUGUCGGCGGCGGGAGUCAACCAUCCGAGCGAGAGGUCAGACCAAUCCCAUUCAUUCUGGUCCGAUCAGAACGGAUCUUGUUGAAUGAAUUGAUCCAUUAUGCCCUACUUCUUAUUCUUAGUGCAUUUUUUCCUACUCUGACCCUUCCUUUGACUACUCCUGAGAUAGAGUGGAAACAUUUUGUUAUGGUGGAGAGUGGGGAGUGAAAACACCAAUGCAGCAGAGAACGAUCGCAUGAAUCGGAAUCCACAACUAUUAAGACAGACGGCCGAGAAAGAAAGGCUCCACGUUCUCCAAGUGGUUGAUCUUAGCGUGCUAGUCACUGCUUCAUUUCGUAUAGUGAGAACACUUUCUCUUUCGUAGCGCUCCGCCCCCCCCCUUGUAUAGGUUGGGGAACUCUGGUUGCGCGGCUUUCUCUUAUAGGGGUCUAUUUUCUCUGACUUGACUCAGCUUGA